AUGUGGAUAUGGGUUUAUGACAGGCCACAAAAAUAUUCUGCUCUGCACUAUGAACUGGGCCUCCAACAAAACUUCACCAGUGACACCUUAAAAUCAAAGCACCAGCAGAUAAGUAGCAACCAGCACCAUCUUGACUGGUCAGCGAGCUCCAAUUCUGGAUCUGCUUCUCAAAGUUUCUUCAACACAGAACCCAGUCAAGAAGCAGUUAGUGCCAUCAAGGUCUCCACCUCAGAGCCAGUAGUUUCCUUCAGCAAAUCCCAAGCAAAGAAGUCCUGCACCAGCAGCACAUGGGGGAAGCUGUCAGCCAGUAGUAAGGAGCUUGCUAUUUGCAGUGCAGUCCCAUCACCCAACAGCAUCAGUAUGGCUGCCCAGCCAAGCAGCUCCUCCGAGUGCAAUUGGCUUUUGACUCUCAAUGAUCAAGAGGGAGGUGUGCAGCUGGAGGUCUCCGAUCAGCCCACUGGGAGUGCAAAGUCCAGCAAAAAGGACUUACUAAGUCAAACCAUCCAAACUGCAGACAACAAAUGGGUGAAGAGUGCCCAGAAAGCAUUUGACAGCAAAUCCCAUGACAACAUGGAAGGGAAAAAGGAGUCUUACUUGAUGGACAGAGUGUUAGAUACAUCACCCUCUAAGCAGAAUCCCACUUCUGCUAGCAGUUGUGAAAGUGACACCAGUCAUGUACGAAUUACUAUCCCAAUAAAGUCUUCAACAACAGAUACAUAUGGCCACAAAAGGAAAAAAAGGCAAUCCACAAAAUCUUCCAAAGAGAAAACUAUCCAGGAGAAAAGCCUUCAUCCUGGACUUGCUAUGAUCAGUAAAGAAGCAAAUAGGACUAGCUCUCAACCAGAGAGGAGUAAAAAAGAUCUUCGAGCCACAAAGCCAGGGAAAAUGAUUGAAAAUGAACCCCCCUUAGUAUCUAUUGACAAUGGUGUGCUCACUGACAAAGUUUCCCCUAACAGUGCUAUCAGACUCAGAAAAUCUGUAGCUGUGACAUCCACUCUCCUACCCACCAAUCAUUCCACAUCUGACAAAUUAUAUGAAGUCCAGCACCCCAAACAUGCAGGUAAGUGGCGAUGGACCUGCAGCAAACCUAAAUCUAUCCUUCGGGAGACCUCCAUGAUGACAUCUGAGAAGCUGAUGGUGGAGCCUCCUUCAGCCUAUCCCAUCACACCAUCCAGCCCUCUGUAUACCAAUACAGGCAGUCUUACCGUGAUCACACCUGUCAAGAAAAAAAGAGGACGACCAAAGAAACAGCCUUUGCUCACUGUUGAAACCAUUCACGAGGGAACCUCCACCAGCCCAGUGAGUCCAAUCAAUUAUGAAUUUCCAGGAACAAAGAAAAGGAAGAGGAGACAGAAUCUGGCCAAGUUGGCCCAGAUGGUCCCAAGAGAGGACAAGUCCAUCAGUGAACUCAAGUUUCACAAAAAGGUUGGGAAGCUUGGGGUCUUGGAUAAGAAGACUAUCAAGACCAUUAAUAAAAUGAGGACCCUCAAGAGGAAGAAUAUUCUUAAUCAGAUCUUGUCCUCCUGCUUCAGCAGCAUAGCUCUGAAAGCAAAAGUCCAGCCACCAUCUAGUGUGGGGCCAACCACCACUGAUGCCAGACUAGGGAAACAGAUCAAUGUCAGCAAGAGAGGGACUAUCUACAUUGGUAAAAAACGGGGCAGAAAGCCAAGAGUAGAGCUGCAGCCUCAGCUAGAAGAACCUAAGACAGCCAUCAAGCACUCAAGGCCUGUUUCCAGCCAGCCAGAAAACCCAGCAAUACCUUCCAACCUGCAGUCACUUGUGGUGUCAUCACCAGCAGCUAUUCAUCAACUUUCAACACAGUUAGUUGGGACUAAUGGCAACCUUAGCCCUGCAAGCACUGGAACAAAUUUUUCAGAGUUAAAAACUAUGCCAAAUCUUCAACCUAUCAGUGUUUUUCCUACAAAAACCCAGAAAGGAAUGCACUGUGGAACUUGGAAGCUGUCUCCACCCAGGUUAAUGGCAAAUUCACCUUCCCACCUCUGCGAAAUAGGUUCUCUGAAAGAAGUCACGCUGUCGCCAGUGAGUGAAUCUCACAGUGAAGAAACCAUACCGAGUGACAGUGGAAUAGGUACAGACAACAACAGCACUUCUGACCAAGCUGAGAAAAGCUCAAAAUCCUGCCGGAGAUACUCCUUUGAUUUCUGCACCCUGGACAACCCAGAGGCUAUCCCAUCUAACACCAGCACAAAGAACAGGCAUGGUCACCGGCAGAAACAUCUGAUUGUGGAUAACUUUCUUUCUCAUGAGAGUAUUAAAAAGCCAAAACACAAGAGGAAAAGGAAAAGCCUGCAGAACAGAGAUGACCUCCAGUUUCUGGUAGACCUUGAGGAACUCAUCAGUAAGUUUCAAGUGUUCAGGAUUUCCCACAGAAGUUACACAUUUUAUCAUGAAAAUCCAUAUCCCAACAUCUUCAGGAUUAAUUUUGAUCACUACUACCCUGUGCCAUAUAUCCAGUAUGACCCAUUGGUCUAUCUUCACAGGACCUCUGACAUGAAGUCUAAGAAGAAACGUGGUAGACCUGCUAAAACCAAUGACACCAUGAUGAAGGUGCCUUUUUUACAAGGGUUUGGUUACCCUAUUCCCAGUGGGAGUUACUAUGCACCCUAUGGAAUGCCUUACACAUCAAUGCCUAUGAUGAAUCUUGGUUACUAUGGUCAGCAUCCAGCUCCUUUUUACCUGUCUCACAUGCUCAGAGAGGCUCCCCAGUUUAUGAGACCAACCAUGCCCCCACCCCAAUUCCAUGCAAGCUCUCAUAUGAAGAUGUCCACCACUGCCAAGCAUAAAGCAAAACAUGGAGUGCACCUACAAACACCUGUGGGAGUGGGCUUUGGAGACAUGCAGUCCUCUUUGGCUCCUCCAGGGGUUGGAGGAACAAGCCUUUCAAGUGGCCAGCUUCACAAAAGGAAUCACAGACAUAAGCACAAGCAUAAGGGUGAGCGAAUACUGGGGACAGAUGAAGAUCUGAGUGGCCUCUUUGCUAGCAAGUCCAGUGGCUUCUCCAGUCAUGUGAUCAACGAAAGGCUAAGCAGCUCAGAUAAAGACCUCUCCUUGCUCAAUGAGAAAAGCAAGCAUAAGGAGAAGCAGAAGCACCAUCAUUGUGAAAACAGACACAAAGGUUCAAAGAGUAACUUUGAAGAGGAUAAGCUGCCUACAUUAUCACUUUUUCAUGCCCAGCAGAUGACACAGAGUAAAGAUAAAGGUGACUCAAGCAAUGAUCCUGUUGACUCUUGCACAAAGAGAUACACUGGUAAUACUGAGAGUAAUGGAAGGUCAGAGUCCUUGGACAUGUUUGGCGAAAUGAAUUCCUCAAGUGAGAAGUGGGACAAUGAUGCAAGUGGGAAUAAAAAAAGAAACUUUGAAGGGUUUGGAACUUACAGGGAAAAGGACAUUCAGCCCUUCAGGGAAGAUGAAGCAGAGGUGAAGUGA